AUGUUCAUACAGCAGUGCGGACGCGCCAUCCGCAUGUACGGGCACCGCGGCCUGCCAGAGGAGGAGCACGUCGUGACGACCAAGCUGUACGUGGCGACCUUCCCCAGGUGGCUGCGCGGUUCCUCGCUCGCCUGCUGGGCCCUGCGGGCGCAGAAAAAACACACCAGCGGCAAGGAGGUGGAGAAGCGCGGCAGGAGAUACUCACCGCCCGCCUCAACCGCGCUGGCAUCAAAACGCUCGAAGACCUCAAGGCGCGCAUCGACAAGCACGCCGAGAAGAAGUGGCGGGCCAUGA